AUGGAAAAGGUUGAAGGGUUAUAUCAGGAACUACAACUUUUAGUUAAGUCUGAACAGUAUGAGGCAGCAACACAUAUAUGUGAUAGAAUUAAGCAUCUAGGAUGUACGGAUAGUGAAGUUUUGAAAACAAAAAUAUAUUGCUUAAUUCAGAGAAAAAUGUGGAACCAGGCACUGCUUUUUAUUAAAACACUUGAAAAAGACGGUGUUGAGCUUCCUUUUGAAAAAUCGUACUGUCUAUAUAGAAUUAACAACUAUAAAGAUGCUUUGGAAACUUUGGAAACUCUUGGUGAUCCAACAAAAAUGUUGAGUAAAUUAGAGAACCGUGCAAUUUCCCACUUGAAAAUUCAAAUUUUAUAUAGAUUGGGUCGAUUUGAAGAGUGUGCUCGGCUUUACUCUUUGAUGGAACCCAUUAUUUCUAAGGAAAACAACUUGGUAGAAUUGGAAAUGCUUGAAGUGAAUCAAUUGGCAGUAUCUUCCUCAAUUCACAAUCUUAAGAAGGAUUUUAGAGAUUUUGACAUUCCUGACUACUUAACUAACUCAAUUGAAUACUGGUUUAAUCGUUGUUGCUUAUAUUUAUCUAAUAAUGAUAUUGACAAUGCCAUGACAUCUCUAGAAAUGUCAGAAUCUCUAUACAACUCACUAUUGGAUAAUGAAGAAUCAGAAGAUCAGCAACCUCCAAAUCCCUCUGACGAAUGCUCACUGAUGCUUAUGAGAGCUUAUAUUAUGCAACAGAUAGGUCAAAAUGAAGAAGCGAAAUUGCUUUAUGAAGAAUCUUUUAAAAAGUUUGGAUUGGAUGGAGUGAAGCUAGAACCUUCAAUGGUCCAUUUGGGUGUAGUUGCUUAUAACAACCAUUUCUUACUCUCAAAUAAUAAUAAUCCUCAUACUUAUAUUGACGGCCUUAAGCGUCUCUCAAUUACUUCAAAAGACCACAUAGAACACAAGAUGACAGUUAAUCAAAACUUUAUCAUUUCCCUAAAUAAAGCUCUAUUAUUAUAUAAUGAAAGUGGAUUUAAGCACUAUAUAAAGGAAGCAGAGAAGUUUUCUGUGGACAACUUGAAACUUGAGUUAUUCAAAAUAGGAUUAUUUCUAUUGCAAGGAAAGACUAGAAAGGCAGUGCAACAUAUGGAUUUUGUACAUAAUAAAAACCCAGAUAAUAUUGCAUUUUCCAUUUCAGUUCUUAAGAUAUUGCUCAAAUUAAAAAUGAUCAAUAAUGCCAUUAAGAUAUUAGAUUCUAUUAUCGAAAAAUCUCUAUGUAACUUUAAUAAAUGGAAUAUUUCUCCAGAAUUAUUUAACGAGUUUUUAACUUUGACUCAGAAUAUUCUAAUUGAGAAAUUCCCUAACUCUCCAGUUGAAAUGAUCAGACAAAAACUUAAAUUAAUACUGAAUUAUGCAAUCUCAAUGUCUCCAGGUACUGAGUCAAAUAGUAGCUUAACUUCCUUAUUAUGUGUACUUGGAAAGCACCUGUUAAUGGUGAAUUUGAUUACUGAAGCUGCUGAGUGUUUCCGCUUUGUACUCGAAGACUUAGCUGACUCUAAUAAUUACUCUGCAUUAUCUGGAUAUGUUUCUGCUUGUACCCUUUGUGGAUAUGAGAUUUCAAGGGUUUAUAUGAGACAACUUGAUAAAAAGCUUCCAAAUAGUAUAUUUUCGAUUGAUGCUGAAGUUCUUGAAAAGAUGGAAGCCCCCUCUAAAGUUUCAGAGAAGGAUAAUCAGGAUACCAAAUCCAUGUCUCACGCGAAUUUAACUAUUAAAACCAAAAAUAAGCGUAAGAAGAGAAAACCAAGAUAUCCAAAAGGAUUUGACCCACUUAAUCCAGGUCAGGCUCCAGAUCCUGAAAGGUGGCUACCAAAAGAACAGAGAUCAUCAUUUAGAAAGCUGAAUAAAAACAGAAACUCUAAAAAGGGUCAAAUUGAAAAGGGAGGUCACCAAGGAGCAAUUCCGACUAGUAGCAUUGAAACUAAGGCAGCUCAACCUUCCACAGCUAAGCAAGUUGCUCUCUCUUCAAGUUUAAGCAAUAGGAGAUCUCACAAAAAGAAAAGACGCUGA